AUGGGCAACUUUUUUGUGAGUUUCAAAGAAUCUGAGAGCCAGCUUCAGGAUGAAAAGGAUGUAAGAACGCUGCCAAAUGUGGCUCUUGGACUAAAUGACCAAAAACCUAAUGAUUUCGACUUUAAGGACAAUAUAGGAGGGCAAACAGUCUUUCUUAAACAUCCCGAAUCUGCUGCCAAAUCCCUAUUACCCGAACAUAGCCCUGAACUCACACUGAACCUGGAGAAAAGCAGCAAUUUGACUAAUGGAGAAGUUGAAGGUGUAAUUAAUGCUCACGGUUCAGACGAGGAGCGUGCUCCCCAGCCUCAGCUGCAUUUAGAGACAGGUGUCGGUGACGUUCUGCCUGUGAGGACUCGCUCUAAAUGGGUCACGGAGGACAGUGGGUCCGAGCCUCGCUCUCGCCGCCGGAGGAGCUGGCUGUGGAACCAGUUCUUUGUGAUCGAGGAGUACAGAGGGCCCGAGCCUGUGCUCAUCGGACGGCUGCACACAGAUAUGGACAAAGGAGACGGACGCACUAAGUAUAUGUUGGAGGGAGAAGGAGUGGGCUCUGUGUUCGUGAUCGAUGGCAACACAGGCAACAUACAUGUCACCAAGUCUCUAGACCGCGAGGAGAAGGACCAGUAUCGUCUCAUCGCGACUGCUACAGACCGCCAGACCGGCCAAGCCCUGGAGCCCUCCUCUGAGUUCAUCAUCAGGGUGCAGGACAUCAAUGACAACCCGCCUGUUUUCCUCGAUGAACCCUAUGUUGCCAUGGUGCCGGAGAUGGCCAACAUAGGCACGUCCAUAAUCCAAGUCACAGCCAGAGAUGCCGAUGACCCAACAUAUGGAAACAGCGCCCGGCUGGUGUACGCCAUCACUCAGGGCCAGGACUAUUUCUCUGUGGAUCCUCAGACAGGCGUCCUCCGCACAGCUGUACCUGACAUGGACAGAGAGACACGGGAUGAAUAUCUGGUCGUCCUCCAGGCCAAAGACAUGGGCGGGCAUCUGGGCGGAUUAUCAGGGACUACCACCAUCACUGUGAAGCUGAGCGACGUCAACGACAACCCCCCUCACUUCAGAAGGAGUGCGUGGUCAUUCUCUGUAUCGGAGCUAGCGGCACCAGGUGUGGAGGUGGGCCGCCUCACCGCUACUGAUCCAGACCUGGGAGAAAACGCACAGCUGGAAUUCACCAUCCUGGACGCAGAGGAGGCCGAAGUAUUCAAUAUUUCAGGAAGAGACCAAGAGGCCGUCAUUGUGCUGAGCAAGCUGCUGGAUUAUGAGACUCGCAACUCAUACACUUUCUCUGUGGAAGUUGCCAACCCUAUAGUGGAUGCACGGUACCUGAGGAAAGGUCCCUUUAAGGACCAGGCAACAGUCCGGGUCAUGGUGCUUAAUGCUGAUGAGCCGCCGAGAUUCUCCCAGGCUCGAUACCAUCUGGAUGUGUCUGAGAACUGCCCCCCUGUCUGCUCUGUUGGCCGGGUUCAUGCAGUGGACCCAGACACAGGACAAAGCUCCAACAUCAGGUACUCCAUCGAUCCCCAGUCAGACCCCGAGGCUCUGUUCCGCAUCGCCUCUGACACGGGCUUUAUCAGCACAGUGAUGGAGUUGGACCGCGAGCAGGAGCAGUGGCAUAAUAUCACUGUCAUCGCCACACAGAGGGGUAUGUCAGCCCCCCCGCCCUCGGGCGCCACGAGCAGCAGAGCUCACCACAGUCAUAUUUCACCGAAAGCACCGCCCGGAGUUGGGAAUACAAAGUGUGCCGUAAAAAUGAUACAAUUUCAGUGAUAAUUUCAACAUUUGUGUCCCUUUCCUUUUCUUUCAGACAAUCCCAAUCUGGUGUCAAGGGUUGUGGUUGCCAUAGAGACACUGGACCAGAAUGACAAUGCACCAGAGUUGGACAGACAGUAUACAACGUCUGUAUGUGACUCCAGCGCCCCCGGUCAGGUAGUUCAGGUUCUGCGAGCCAUCGACAGAGACCAAGGAGUGCAGGACACCCCGGUCCACUUCAGCAUCCCUCCUGAGUCCAGCACGGCCCUCAACCUCACCAUCAGGGAAUCUGGAGGUGUGACAGCCAGCCUGGUGCUCCAGUCAGCCUUGGAGCCCCUCCCUGGCUUCUCCUCAUCCUCACUCACCCUCUACGUGCCGGUGGUGCUGCGCGACGGGGCCUCGGGUCUGACCAACACUGGCACGGUCACUGUGACCAUUUGUCCUUGUCUGCGCGGGGGCAUGCAGACAGAGGAUAGAGGGAGACAGAGGGACAGGAGAUGGGAGAGACACAUGGUCUGUCUCCCCGUGCCUUCUGCCUCUCCGUCUCUCAUAUUCAGCUUGGUCACCUUGCUCGCCAUGCUGGCUUGUGUCACCACUCUGCUGGUGGUGUGUGCACUCUCGCUGUCAUUGCGCCAUCAGAAGCGAGACUCCCACUCACCCUUCGAGGAGGAUGAUGUCAGGGAGAACAUCAUAUCCUAUGAUGACGAGGGGGGAGGGGAGGCAGACACCGCAGCUUUUGACAUUACAGCGCUGCAGAGCAUGCACAGAAUACAGCACAUGCACAACAACAGGAACAUAUGGUACACCCAGCAGAAUCCGCCGAGGGCCAGGACGUACAGCUGGAGUCGUAACCCGCGCCCCGGCCUGGACCCACAGCAGAGGCCAGGCUCCGCUCCGCUUUAUGGACGCCUCUGCUACGGCAUCCACACGCUGCCUGUUCUGAGAGAUUAUCCUGUCGGGCCACUGGAGGCAGGUCUGCAGCUAACACAGCUGACCCAUGGGCUCACCGGAGGUCACAUUGGCAAUUCCCUUGUCAUCCAGAACCAGAGCACCUUUGAGCCUCUGCUGCGCUCUCCUGAGAUGAGCCCCGCUAGUUACGAAGCAGAGCACAUGCUGGCGAAGAGCAAAGUCACGGACAGAAAUGAAGGCAGUGAAGCACACGCUGCUGACACAAAAGAGAAUCAGGAUCAGGCAAAGAUAAACGCAGCAGAAACAGAGUCGACACCAACAGCCGACAACGCUGCCAAUCCGACCCACUGUGACCCAAAUGAGUCUUCAUGCCAAAGUCACACCAGCUCCUCGUCAAACCAGCAGGAGGGGCGGCCGGGGUCAUCGCAGACUCAGAUCAGCACUGGAGCCACCAGCUGCACAUUAGAUGACAUUGACACUGAUUCCUCCAUCCCCUCCGUUUCAGAGCGAAACUAUUCAAAUGGCAGUGAAAUCAGCUCAACUGUGAACCCUCCCGUUUACCUGAAAGGAGACACGUACAGCAUUGUUGGCUCGCUGAAUCCAAACAGCAGAGGGACGUGUAUGAACGGGACUAGCGGCGGCGGGUUGUACCCAGCGGGAGUUCAGCUGCUGAACAUGUGCAGACUUCAGAGUAAGGAUUUGACCCCGCAGCCUUUGUCUUUACCUGGGGGGAUGUUUGGCAACAACAGAGGCUGGGCAUGCGGGGCGGAGCCUGCCAGAGCAGAAGCCGCCACCCCUCAGCCCCUCCGCAUGGAAGACCUCCUGAAUAUCCGUCUGGAUCAGGUCACCUUUGACCUGUCUCAGCCGCCCUAUGACUCACUGCAGACUUACGAGUUCGAGGGCCGUGACUCAAGGGCUGAGUCACUGAGUUCACUGGAGAGCGACGGCGAGAAGGACGACGGGAGAGUGGUGGGAGGGAUGGAGGAGUUAAACCAGAAGUUUCAGAGGCUGGUGGAGAUCAUCAGAGAGAGGGAGAAGGAGAAGGAGGGAGGAGGAGGAGGAGAUACACGAGCGUCCAAGGGAGCCAAGACUGCAGCGGCAGCCCUCGAUGAGACUCAUAAACAAAAGGAGGACAAAGAGAAAGAACAGCAGAGAUGGGAUUUCUAG